CUCACACACACCCCACACGCUCUAUCAUUGUCAUAUCUCGCUAGCUACAUCCAAUAGUAGUCCACGGUUUCCACAUCAAUCCCAUAAUCAUAUCACACACACACCCACCCCUCUUCCCUUCUCCUCCACAGUCCACAAACCAAAAUGUCCAUAAAUCACUUCUCCACUGACCUUCCAAAGACAUUCUGCUUUUCACAACAACAGCAAAACAAGCCUAUCAUGGACUCCUCCUCUCCUUCUAAAUUACCACACAAUAGUACUCCUAAUUGGGCCGCCCAAUUUUACGACCAGCCCCAACCCUGGUUCAAUCUAAAUCAAGAAGACGAAGAAGAGGCAACGGACGCGAACAGCGAAAUCCAAACAUCAAACCGCGGCGAAGGGGCGGUUGCGGUUGUUGAGAAGGAAGCGAUGUUCGAGAAACCGUUGACACCGAGCGACGUGGGCAAGCUGAACCGACUGGUGAUUCCCAAGCAACACGCGGAGAAUUAUUUCCCACUCGGAGAUGGUGACUCGGUUGAGAAAGGUUUGCUACUGAGUUUCGAGGACGAGUCAGGCAAGUUUUGGAGGUUCAGGUACUCGUAUUGGAACAGCAGUCAAAGCUACGUGUUGACUAAAGGCUGGAGUCGGUACGUGAAGGAGAAGAAACUAGAUGCUGGCGACGUCGUUUUUUUCGAACGGCAACGCACCGACACUGACAGGUUGUUUAUUGGGUGGAGGCGGCGUGGUGGUGGUGAUGAUCAUGAUGUGCACGGUAGUACUAGUCAUGGGUGGAGUAGCAGAGGAUCUUAUUUAGGGCAAUCUUAUCCUCCUACGCAUCAUCAUGGUCUUCAUGUUGCGCCAUAUCAACCUCACCGUAAUCAUGAACCUGGACCAGGGACUAUUGGGCAGAACCAAACACCGGCGGUGGUGAACUCAAAGAGGCAGGUGAGGCUGUUUGGGGUUAACCUAGAGUGCGAGCCUGACGAGCCAGGAGGUUCAAGCCCAUAGUGAUUCCUCUCCAAAUCUUCUCAAUUACAUGGAUAUCACUUUCUUCCCAGAUGAUAAGAUCUGAUGAUGUGACGUCCUGGAUUUGACUUCAAAUUAAAAACCCACUUCCAAAAAAAAAAUAUAUUUAAAAAACAAAAUCCCUGAUUUUCAGUUCCCCCACAACUUUAAAAUGUUUUAAAAAAAAAAUAGUAGAAGAAAGGGGAAGCAAAUUGGAGGUUGAAGUGGGAAGGUAUAGAGAGCACAGAAGGAAAGGGAUGGAAAGUGGGACCCAAGUGACGUCAGCACAUGAGACUUUUAAGAUGUUGGAAAAUUUUCUGAAAGGAAUCUAUUUGCUGCCCCUGUUGAGAUUCUCCUCUCCCUGAAGAUUUUCCAUAAUAAUGGUUCUUUUGUAGUGGUGGUGGGGGAGUUGGUGUACUGUUGAAUAGAUGGAUGAUAUAUGUAUGACAGCCCAAAGAGUAGUAGUAGUAGUAGUAGUAGUAGUAUUAGCCCACUCCUCCCUCCACUCCACUCCACAUUUACCUAAUAACCUUUGUCCAUAUGUAGCCAAUCUGAUUUUGAUGCUCCACUUUCCCCUGCAGUGAAAGGAAAAAGCAGCUUGAAGCUUCAG